AUGCGCCUGCUACUGGAGGCCGGCGCCGACCCCAACGUCGCCAUGACGAAGAGCGGGGAGACGCCACUGAUUAAGGCGGUGACGGAGGGCGAGGAGGCGGGCGAGGAGGCGGUGGCACGGAUGCGGCUUUCACACGGCGCUGACGCCAACGCCGCGGACUUGCACGGAGAGACCACCCUGUACCAUGCGGCUUGCUCUGGCCAGCUGGACAUCAUUCGCCUGCUACUGAAGGCCGGCGCCGACCCCAAAGCCGCGGACUCGUACGGACGGACCACCCUGUACCACGCGGCUCGCUCUGGCCAGAUGGACAUAGUGGACCUGCUACUGGAGGCCGGUGCAGAUCCAAACGUCGCCGAUACGGAGAGCGGGAAGACGCCGCUGAUG